CACUGAUAUGUAUAAUCAGAAUCAGUCGUAAACGAACCGCGCACCGAGAAUGGCACUUAAGUUCGCAGCUAACUUGAAUUUCCUCUUCACCGAGAAGGCGACCACAAUUGCGGAACGCAUUCAGCUGGCCCACCAGAGCGGAUUUCGGGCUGUGGUCCCCCAUCCCGAGGGUGAGACUCGGGACGUUGUGUCGGCAAUCCGUGAGACCGGAAUUGUGGUCAGCCUGGUCAAUCUGGCCUUUGAUAAGACCAGCGAUCAGCUGCGGUUUGGCUCAACGAGCGUUCCCGGGGCGGAGGGACUGUUCCAGAAGCAGCUGAACGAGACGAUUGACUUUGCCAAGGAUGUGAACUGUAAAAAGAUCCACCUGACCUCUGGACUGCUCACCAAGGGCCAGGAGACUGACUACAAAAAAACAUACACAUCGAAUCUGAAGAUCGCGGCUGAUAGCCUCAGGGCGAACCAGAUGAUCGGCGUGAUAGAGCCAAUUAACAAGUAUGCCGUACCCGGCUAUUUCAUGAACUCGUAUGUGACGGCAGCGGGCGUGCUUACAAUGGGGGCCGACAACAUUAAGCUGCUUGCCGACCUCUAUCACCUCCAGCACAUCCACGGCAAUGUGACAAAGACGCUGGAGGAGUACAAGAGUCAGAUUGGUCACUUCCAGAUUGCCCAGGUACCCCAUCGACACGAACCGGACACUGCCGGCGAACUCAACUACGACUACGUGUUCAAGCGGCUGCGUGAAUUCGGCUACGAUGGCUGGAUUGGCUGUGAAUACAAGCCAAAGACAACGACGGUCGAGGGCCUCAGUUGGAUCAGCAAACUCGGUCACAGCUUGUAAAUUGAAUUGUAUUCUGGCAUUUUAAUACAUUUUUUUAUACAUAUAUACAUACAUAAAACAUGAAA